AUGGCCGGAAUACCAACUACACCUGCCACUUUUCCGAUGAGUCUAGACAAACCAACGACGGUGAUGGUGGCGAGGCCAGCAAAGAAGGAAAGAGAGGAGGAAGAAGAAGUAUUGGUGAUAGAAGGGAUAGAAAUCAAUAGAGAUGAGUUUGUGAAGUUUGAUGUGUUCAUUAACGAUGAGGAUGAGGAGGCAGCGGCUGGUGGUGGGGCUGAGAAAACUGAGUGUGCCGGUAGCUUUGUGAACGUGCCACAUAAGCAAAGGAACGGACAUAGUGGUGAUGGUGGGAAGGUGAAAAAGACACAGUUGAGAAUUGGAAUAAGUGAGUUAUUGGAGGAUUUGGGUGUUGAAGAAGAUGACGAAGAUGUGGUGGUGAAAUUGGUGCCAAGGUGUGACAAUGUUCAUGUCACAGUUGGUGGUAUCAAGAUUGAGAAUGAGUGA